ACUGGGAAGGAAGGAGGGGGACCUCAUGCGGCAGCCUGCUGUGAUUGACAUCAUGAGGGUGAAUGUGGACAAGGUUUUGGAACGAGAUCCAAUGCUGUCAGAGUUGGAUGAUGCACUGCGGGCGGAAUUUGAGACCAAUGCUACCAAGCUGAAAAAAAAGUAUUGGUGGAAGAACUGUAAGAUAUGGGCAGUGUUGAUAGCAUUUGUUCGCAUCAUCAUCAUCAUCACCAUCACUGUCUGGAGUGUAUCCUCAUGAGUUACAAGAAGAAAUGCAAACCAGUGGAAGCCAUCUCUCUCCUUCAAACCUGCUGUAUUCUCAAGCUCUCACCUACUGAUAUAUAAAGCAAAAUUAUUUCGAUUAGUCAUGUGAUAACUUUCUCUCAUUUAUAGGAAAUGUGCCUUUAUUUAAAAGUUACACUCCUAAUUUUAAAAUACUAAUAAGCACAGGCCACACCUUGCACAGUGCCUUGGUAAUCUUGAGUAUGAGCUGGUGAAGAGGAUUUCAUGUUUGCAUUUCAGAAUCUAGAAGCAAUGUAUUGUUGCCAGUGACGACAGCAUUCUAGAUCAAUUUGAAGAGUAUGUUUGGGUAUCUGUCCUCUUCGCUGUCUCCUUCAUGCCCCAAUUUAAAGAUGUCUCUUCUGACACACUACUAAAGGAAUGGGAACCAAAUCUUAAAUUUGUGCCUUCUUGGAAGAAACUCUGAAUACGUCUGCCAUUUGAACAGACUUUGCCUGCCUUGCCUUACUCCAUUAAUGCCUUCUGACUAGUUGUGGAAGAACCUGCCACCCUUGUAAACACUACUUGUCAUUCACUGCUGUUUUAUCAAUAUGCAGUUAAAUUCUAUUAUUGAAGUUCUAAAUAUUGGAGCACUGAACCGUUAGUGUUGCCUUGUGGUAUUUCUGAUUAAACACAUCUCUAUAAGGUGUUUACAUUUUCUUCAAAAGACAGUCUGUCACUUUUUGGUGUCAGUUUAAUCUGAAAGAGUAUCUUUAAAAAUGUUUAGUGUUUGUAAUGUAGACACUUACCAAAGUUGGUUUUGUUUGGGGGUUUUG